AUGAAUCGCACACAGUCCACAUUAAGCUCCAUUGAGGAAGUCCCUCAAGAAUGUUUGAUGCAAAUUCUUGAUCAUCUUGUUCCAUCCGAUGCUGCUUCGGCUGGCUCUGCAUCUCGAACCCUGAAUAUUUCUUCCGAGGAAUCUCUGUAUCGUCAAAUCGAUAUUGACUGGACUCAACCUCCUCUUAAACGGGUCUUAUCAUUAUUUCGCGUGGUUCAUCAGCGACCAGAUCUAGCCGCGCAUAUUCGCCAUGUUCGCAUGAUCUCAUCUCGCCUGGAGUACCCCGCAAAGGACCAACUUUCACAAUGGUACCCCCCGAAAGUUGAUGGAAACUGGGAGGAGCUCUCAGCUUCAUUCAAGAGCGAGGUAGAUACCGCAAAAGAAAUUGUCAGUCGAGCACAGUUUCCAUCCCCACAGAGGUGGAUGCAGGCGCUAGAUCAAGGUGAUCCCUACGCAUUUGUGGCGAUUAUCCUCUCCCAGCUUCACAACCUGCGAUCUUUACGAUUGGAUUAUACCUUCGUGUGGCAGUCCGGAUUUCCAGGUCUCAUGAUUCGACAUGCCCUUCUUUCCGCACCACCUAAUACUUUAUCAAAAUUUUCUGAGCUCUCUAUCGUCGAAUAUGGCUUGAAUGUUCCUUGCAGCCGAGUAUCUCAGGGCAACCCGUCAAGCUGUAUUUUCCCCGAGGCAUUCCCGACCUGUGACCCCGACCAGUUUGCAGGCUGGUUUUAUUUGCCUUCACUGCAAUCGCUAGAGAUCUGGCUUCAAAACUUCUCGGGUGUUGAUUUGAGCAAUGUGAACCAUCUGGCCAAGCUCAAAAGGCUUGUCAUUAUGGAGUCCUAUAUUGAUGAAAAUGAAGUCAGAGACUUGUUGUCCCUGCUUUCAUCAAUAGAAACAAUUCAUUUAGGCCUGGUUUAUCCUUCUCAGGAUGAAGCAGCGGGCUCAGAUAUUGAGUCCCCUCGUCCUCCUUUUAGAAAGCAAACGAAAGGUGCCUUUCUUGAAGGACUUUUAAGCAUAGGGGGAACAGUCAAAAACCUUUCGAUCAGUAUUGAGCUUUGCCCAAUAAAUCUGGGCUCACAAUGGGAUGAAAAUGACUUUGGUAAUAUUGAAGAAGGAUUGUUGCCAUUUCGAGGGGUUUUAAAGCGAUUGCCCCAUCUUGAAACCGCAGAGCUACCGGCAGCCAUGCUUUUCGGGUGGGUUCAUGAUGACGCACCGGGUUUAAGCAAACUGCUGCCAUCGACACUCCAAAAGCUCGCCAUUCGGGAGAACCUUCAUUGUGUGGCGCGCGACACCCAGGUUGUCGAGGAUUUCAGCCCGGGGGAAACUUACGAAUGGGGGCUUGAUGCUGUGGCCAGGGCUAUCCAGAAGUUUCUCCCUUCGGCACAAACUUCGGCACCGCUACUCAAAACAAUCAUCAUUCGAGACUUUGCAAUGGAUUCCAGAGGGCACAUUGCUCAAGAAGAAACUACCGUCGCUCGAUCACUAUGCGAGGAUUUAGGACUGGACAUGCAUAUCGCUCUCAGCCCUGACGCAUUACCAGCUGGAUUCUGGACGGCCAGUAGGGCACUUCACGAAUACGUUACGACUUGGAGACCAUUGGAUCCAAUCAGCUCAGAAUCCCCAUUCUGCUAG